GUUUUGAUUCGUCUAUUUAUGAUGGCGCUGUGGACUUGAAUCGUAUUUUCUUCCGCGAAUCAGGACAAGGUGGCCGAUCAGCUGUUUCGAGGCAUUAGUAUUACGACGAUGUUCACGCACUAAUACUGAUUUGUCACAGGGUUCUUGUUGAAAUGCAAGUACCGUUUAGCGUGCUGAGUUGAGUUAAGAUUCAGUUCGAGAAUUAACAAACACACGGACGCCAAAAUGGCUGCUUUGAAGCAGAUGAAACAAACACUCAGACGAGAACUGAAGAAAAGAUUGGCCGGGAUGUCGGAGACAGAAAGAAAAAGACAAUCAGAAUGUAUAACGCAAAAGUUGAUUAAACAUCCCAAGUAUGAAGCAAGUAGACGUAUCAGCGUUUACCUGAGUAUGACAGAAGAAGUCAACACCCUGGGUAUACUUCAACACAUCUUUGACUCCAAUAAAGUAUGUUUUGUUCCACAAUACAUUGGUAAUAAUAUGGACAUGCUGAAAUUAAACUCCAUGCAAGACUAUGAUGCAUUGCCAAAAACAAAAUGGAAUAUAAAACAGCCAACUGACAGCGACAAUCGAGAGGAAGCUCUGUCUACUGGUGGACUAGAUAUGAUAAUUAUUCCUGGGCUUGGUUUCACAAGAGAUGGUAAAAGAUUAGGACGUGGCAAGGGUUACUAUGACAACUACCAAUCUCGAUGUGUGGAUCACUCACCAAGUAAACCCUACACCAUAGCGUUGGCAUUUCAGGAACAAAUAUGCGAUGAUAUCCCUGUAUCGGAUCAUGAUGUCAAUAUCGACGAGGUUCUUGUAGGCGAUAUGGACAUAACUGGUUGAUUCCAUGGUGCUUUCUUUGUAAUAUUUCAUGUUUGAUAUUUUUGGUCUGUGGUGUGAAAUAACUCAUCAUGGAAAAAAAGAUUCACUUUAUCUAAAUCCCGUCUUUAAGGUCUCCUUAAUAAUAUUAUAUUGAAUAAUAAUCCCCUGUUAUUACCUUGACUGAUAAGAGCGUGCCUAUUUUGUCAAAUUUGGGCCCUCAAAUACAACCCUUGAUAUAUUAGGACUCUUUUUCACAUAAUCAAUAAGAGACUUCCAACAGAUGUGUUGAGAUAAGUUACAUCUACCAUUCAUUUGAUUGUUUCUGAUCGGCAGCUUUCAUCAUCAUGUGUAGUUCAUGUUCACUUCUUGUCAGCAAAAUUGAAACUUUGUAUCUUAUUUUUCUUCGUUGUUCAUGUGUAUGUAUGUCCAUAUGAAUUUUACUUGUAUUCAAGUUUUAUGUUGUGGUUAAUA